GCACGGCGGUGUAAGCGACCCAUACUUGUUAUCAUUCAUGGAAGGACAGGAAAGAAAAGACUCCUGUAAAUAUUACCAAAGUAUGCCCUCGUCUGCGAUUUCCCUCUCCACUAGAUGAUAAUAGCCUGGCCAGGACACUGAAUGAGGCAUCGUCAAGAAACCACAGCAUUAACCGUGAGAUAAGAUGAAUGAGUUGUGUUCCUCAAAGAAGGAACCUGUAUUUAGAAGGCAAGAAAGUAUUUUCAAGCAUUUUGGUGCCUGCCAGAUAGCACAAAAAUGUUCAGUGUGUGGUGACACUAUCGAUACAAAAGACAGCGGUAAACAAAAGGAUCUUUUCAAAUACAGUGUUUCUCAGCAUUGUAAGAAAUGCUCAGUAAAGAAUUCCUCAAAUAUUGGCAAACGGGAAAAGGCGGCCAAUCUGCUUGUCCACUAUUCGAGUAAAAUGACACAGAGUUGUAGUGAAUGCCAUGAGGUAUUUUUGAAGAAGAGUGAGCUCCAAGCACACAUGGUUACUCAUGACAAUUUUAUAGGGAAAGGAAAUCGUAGAGGGAAAAAUAAGUUUAGUUGUAAUGAGUGUAGCCAGGCCUUUUGCAAGAAAACUGACCUCCACCUGCACAGGAAGACAGUGCACAGCAAGAAGAGAUAUGUCUGCCAUGUUUGUAAGAAGGCAUUUGAUUCUGAGAAACGACUAAAAAUGCACUCACAGUUCCACAAUGUUGGUGGGGAAUUCAAAUGCUACUAUUGUGAUAAGCAGUUUAACAAAGCCUGGAAAAUGAAAAUUCAUUUGAUCAACCAUACUGGAAAGCCACCAUUUAUUUGCCAGUACUGUGGAGAAGAUUUUCUCUACCCAGGGAAGAUUGUCAACCACCUGAAGCAAGUCCAUGAUAUGUGGCAUCCAUGCAAAGAUUGCGGGGGAGCUUUUAAGUACUGCAUGGAUUAUGACAGACAUUCAUGCAAAGUGUAUUGUUGUAAAGAUUGUACAAUGUCAUUUUCAAGUUUUGAUGAACUAGCCACUCAUGCAGCGAGUCACAUAAAUGAGACAAGCAAUAAUGAUACUAUCACUCCAGAUAUGUCGUUUAAAAUGGAUUUGAGCAUAUCCAGUAAUGAAAACAAUCCAGUUGAAAGCUCCAAUUCAGAAUCAGUCAGAAAAGAAGACGAAUUCAAAGGCUAUAAUAUAGAACUAAAUGAAAGAUCAAGUCAGAACUUGCCCGAACAAAGUAGCGAUGAAAAAACGGUCGUUAUAAGAUCUUACAAGGACCACCCAUGUGCAAAUGAAAAGAAAAUUGUAAAACGGCUCCUAAACUAUGGACAGUGUAAUGAAAUAGGCAGAACUUUGAAAAAUGAUGUGGAGGGGGAAGACGAUCAGGAAGUUGAGAUUAUUGAAGUCACAAGUGCAAGAAAAGAUAUAAAAACAAUAUUUAGAGAAAGAAAUUCAGUGCUGUGUGAAGUGGAAGGAGGAAAGGAUUAUGAUGUAACAGUGAGAGACCCCUGUAAAACAGUUUUUAGUGAUUUCUCAAUAGAAAAUGUCUCGCUUGCAUUAAAUUCUGGGAACAGUUUCAUAGAACAGGAUUUCAAAGUACCUGAAGCAACAGUAUCAUCAUCAAGGAAAUGCAGUGACCUUUUGCCAAAAUCCCUGCAAAGGAAGCAAGAAGAAUUCAAUAGAUCAUUAAAAAAGAAACUGGGAAGUAAAUUCAAAUUCUGUGUUGAUUCUGAUGGAAGACAUGCAUUAAAAAAUGAGCUCUCCUUUGAAUCUUGGCUAAGUGGUGACACUCCACAUGACUUUGUUUUUGGUUUUGGAGCAAAUGGAAGAGACAGAGGCAUUUCCUGUAGUGAGGCCACAGGUGAAUCCCACUGCCAAUAUUUUAGUAAAAUGGUUUUAAAGAAAGAGAAGUCAGACAUGUCCUUUGAGGAUUUGUGCCUCUUUUGA